CACCCAGAGGACCGGGAAAGUCACUUCAAAAUGAAAAACACGCUGCCUGCUCGGUCACAUCAUUCAAGAAACGCUCCUGUUUGGAGACGCGCCUUCGCACUGCCGAGCCUCAGUUAGCAAAUAUCUCCAAGAUAAGCUGCGCUAGUUGGUUUAACGCGCUUUUUAUAUUACCAGGACUGACUUUUUUUAUUUAUUUCUCUCUGUGUCAUUUUAAUCCGAUCUGAUUGUCUCAGAAACUGUUGGAUGCUGUCGGUGAACAGGUGGCACAAGCUCCAAGCGCUCCUAAAUCUGUCUUCAGACGCGCACUGAGCGCGCGUUAAGCGUUUAAUAGGAUACCUGUCUUCCGUUAAGGCGGGCGAGAGUUGCGCAUCCACUCUUGUUUGGGGCAACAACGCCUGUGGUGAUGGACAACGAGAACAUGGGACACGAAUCAACGGAUGAUGAGCAUGAAAGGGAGAGCAUCCUGGAGUCCAUGACCUGUCCCGGGGAGGACAUCGUCAAGAAGUUUUACCACACCAAACGGGUCGGGAGCUACCUGAUCGGGAGGAAGCUGGGAGAGGGAUCGUUCGCUAAAGUUAGAGAGGGUCUCCACACUCUGACCGGGGAGAAGGUGGCGGUGAAGGUAAUCGACAAGCGAAAGGCCAGGAAGGACUCGUAUGUUACCAAGAACCUGCGGAGGGAGGGCCAGAUCCAGCAGAUGAUCUGUCACCCCAACAUCACCCAGCUGCUGGACAUCCUGGAGACGGACAACAGUUACUACCUGGUGAUGGAGCUGUGUCCCGGCGGGAACCUCAUGCACCGCAUCUACGACAAGAAGUGCCUGGAGGAAAGGGAGACCCAGAAGUACAUCCGGCAGCUGGUGCUGGCUGUAGAGCAUCUGCACAGGGUGGGCGUGGUCCACAGGGAUCUGAAGAUUGAAAACCUCCUGCUGGAUGAGAAAGACAACAUAAAGCUCAUAGAUUUCGGACUCAGUAACUGUGCUGGCAUCCUGGGAUACUCCGACCCCUUCAGCACUCAGUGUGGAAGCCCGGCUUACGCCGCUCCCGAGCUGCUCGCCAGGAAAAAGUACGGACCCAAGGUGGACAUUUGGUCAAUCGGCGUGAACAUGUACGCGAUGCUGACCGGGACUCUGCCGUUCACGGUGGAGCCGUUCAACCUUCGAGCUCUGCACCAGAAGAUGGUGGAUAAGGAGAUGAAGCCUCUGCCUCGCUCUCUUUCCACCGCUGCCAUCUGUCUACUGAAAAAGCUUCUUGAGCCAGACCCCAGCAAGCGUCCAAAUAUUCAUCAAGUGAUGGCCGACUCCUGGCUGCAGCUAGCCAAUAGAAACACGGGCGUGCCAUUAAUCCACAGAAUGCACAUCGAGGAAGUAAACCAGACAGUUUUGCGUCACAUGACCGAGAAGAUGGGCAUCAAGCAUAGUGAAGCACUGAGUGCCGUUCUCCAAAACCGUGCCUGCCACACUCUGGCCAUCUACCACCUUCUCAACAAGAAAGUUAAACGGCUCACUACCCAGUACAGGGAGUUCAAGAAGAACGAGGAUGAAAAGAAGGGUGAAAAGCAGAAUAUUGGAUUCUACCAGACCCAGUGGAGGAAGCACAUCGACAAACUCACCAUACCCCCAAAACAGACGCCUGUCUACCUGGCUGUUAGCAAGGGCGCCAACAAGGAGAAGAAGCACAAACUAGGUCUCUUGAAAGCAAUAACUGUUGGACAUCGUAAAUCACCUUUGGCACCACCUGGCACGGUGGCUUCAUCAUCCAUGGAGUAUCUAGAAAUCCAUCCCCUCUUUCCCAACACUCCACAGCAACGGAGACGCUUAGCCACCCUUCCGCCGGUCAACUCAAGUCCAGAACACAACAUUCCUGCUCCUCCAGCACCGUCGCCGAUCGGCAUGCACUCUUUUGGAUCCCUAACUAAAGCGGAACAAAUUGAAGAUACACCAUCUUCCCCUUGGUACAAGUUGACCAAUGGCACUCUGUCACCACCGCGCCACGUCUCUGCCUUCCAACCAGAUUCCUCCUAUUUGAAAAAGGCAACAAUCCCUAGUCCUCCAGUGCUCAUUGUCAACCCACAGCCUAAGAAGAGUAUUUCGUCGGAUCUGUGUGGUUCUUCUGACACCAGUGGAAGUCCACCAAGUACUAUGGGGAGCCCGCCUGGAAGCUCGGCCUUUAGUCCUCCAAAAUCUGCCUUCAGUCCACUUAAGCCCACCUCAGCAUUCAGCCCCCCCUCCAACAGCAGGAGCGGCGAUCCAGAGAGUCCGACACACCGCAGCAAAUUCCCCUCUAUGGGAAUCGGACACAUGCUGAAGAAGAAGGUCCAGCUGGAACCAUUUGCGUUCAAACCUCAACAGUGUGUAGAAGAAGUUGUGUCCCCCCCUCCAUACCCCAUGAAAACUCUUCUGUGUGCUUCAGGCGCACUUAAGACCCUCUGCUGAGGGAAGCAAGAAAAAAAAAAGUCGAAGAAAGACUAAACUCAAGACCCCUUUCAACAGUUUUUUGAAGUUGGAGAGGUCUUCCGGAGCGGCCUUUUGAACUGUGAACUAGACCCUUUAUUACUGAGCCACUUUUCGUGAUAAACUUUUUUACUUUGGAAAAAAAGACAAAAGGGUUGAAUUUAACAUAUUUACCUCUUCUUGUGUCUCAUGUUGUUAUAUAAUAAAAGAUGGUGGCAUUAAGAGGAUGAGAUCUGAAAUGGAUCACUGAGCAAUGACUAAACCUUGCUGUGUCCUAGAUACAGAGUGGACUGGGGACAUCGUGUAAUAUGGGCCUUGUCAACUAAUGUAGAUGCACAUAUACGUAAACACACACACCCAAACAAAUAAAACACUGUAUUAUAGACCAAGUUAGAGGUACUCGUGUAGUUUUGCCUCAACUUGUUUCGAAUUAAGCAACAAACUGAUUCACACCAGCUAACAGGCCCCAACUCACCCUAACCCUGACUGUCUCGUGUAAAUGUUUCGUCUUUGUGAAAACUAUGACAGCCACUGACUUCCUGCCAGCUUGCACUGUAUCCCAAAAGCUGGCUGGGUGGGAAAAAGAAGAAAAAAAAACUCUGCACUACUCUUGAAUACCAAAACUCGUAGGAACAACUGUACUGACUGUCCUAUACCUCACCGCAUUAGUCAUGCAUAACUAUGGUCUAGAUCGAUGUGCUUGUGUAGAUCGCGCCACAGGACUGCAGUGUCUCAGCUUAGACGUUAGAAAUGCCACAAUACCACGGACAUCGGGACCAAGAAUAGAUUCAUAUCUUCACUUUUUUUAUAAGCUCUCACUGUCACUGAUUAUCAACUCGUCUAACUUUUUUAUACACAAUUACAAGUCCUUUACGGCUCACACUGUAGCAGUCUUGGCUCUAUAUUUUCCGCAGCAGAACAUGCCAGUUGACAGUCAGUUUUAAAGAUAGAAAGAUUAAAAAUAGAGGAUCAAAUGCCUUAUGAACCCGAUCCACCUCACCCAAAAGGCUGAGGGUGGAAUGAGAGGUAACAGAAGUGUGACUAGUGUCAGAUAACUUUCUUGAAAAUACACUUCUUUCUUGUCUUAACGCUGUCGUUUGUGCAAUAGACUAAGUGUUCACUACAACGAUGAACAUUUGCCAAGAGCGCUCUGAGAGUGACAGGAAAAUUGUCCUUGUAAAUAGCUUGAUGCCUGCUCUCAGUGCGUCUGCCGUUUCUGUACUAACACGAAGUGAGAUGGCGUUUUCACAACAAGGCUUCCGCAGACGUUCGAGGCUUUUUACUGUUAAAUAAUGUAGAAUUUCUUCUUGUCCAAACAACGGGUUUGCAUGACUCAAGCUGUGCUGUUGACGUUUUUUGAAACGUCUUUGUAACUUUUUGUCGUUUUUGUUUGAAUCUGAGAUUGAUACACACUUUGGGGGGGUGGGGUCUUUUGUAAGAUUUUAUAUUGGAUGGAUUUUGUUCCGCGUGUCAAGAGAUUUUUAUGCUGUAUAAAGUAUUUUAAAUAUUUAUACUGAA